UAGCAGCAUCCUCCCGGGCGCCGCUUUAGUGCGGUCGCGGCGGGGGUUUCCUCUGCCUCGGGACCUCGUAGGGCAGAAGCGGCCGGUGACACAGUGGGUCCCGCUCUUUUGCCUCCAGCUACGUGUACAGAGUCCUUCUGGGCCAGUCCGCGGCCACGGAGCGCCGGGGCUCGCCUGAGUCGCCCACCCGGACAUCCUCCGGGUGAUGGAAGAAGCAGCAGCCGCCGCCGCGGGGCCGCGCUGCACCCUAUCCGCCGCCGCCGGAGGGAUGGGAAGAUUCACUAUGUGGAGGCCGAGGGAGAGCGAUGGAGAGCAGAAUAGCCUGCAGCUGGGACGUAUAUAAGCCACCCCCCACUGUCGACUCCUGCCUGCUUCGUGCCCCAGAACCGGGAGUGAAGCUGCGGUCCCGAGAGACUGGAGGAGACGUCGCUGGAGCCGGGACGCGCGGCGCUCGGUGGAGCGCAGAGCUGGGCUCCGGGCCCGGUGAAAGUUUCCCCUCCCGGGGUGCAGGGCGCCCGCUGCUGGAAAACUCUGCCUAGGGCUAGGGCAGCGGAGUCUAGCAGCUCCUUCGAAGGCUUGGGGACCCCUAGCAGAAGAGAACCGGAGAGAAAUCGAGGAGAGAGCUAGCCGGACAGUCCGCCGGUCGGGGAUCCGGGGACGCUCCGAGGCGCACCCUCCGCUCCAGGUCUUUCUCGGAGCCGCUGCCAUGGGAGAGCCAGCCCUGGGCGCCGGGGACCAGCCGCCUCUGCCGCCGCGCCCGCCUCGGAUCGGCGGCCCCAGUACCGGCGCCCGCAGCCGGCCUGCAGCGUCCCCCUCCUGGGCUGCAGGGCCGCCUCCGCCGCGCCGCCGGCCCCGGCUGUGCCUGUGAUGAGUCGCAGCUCGCCGCGAGCUCUGCCCCCGGGCGCGCUUCCCCGGCCGCUGCCAGCCGCGCCUGCAGCCGUGCAGCGGGCCCUGCUCCCGCCGUGGCCCCGGCGCGCAGGACGCCGCUGGCCUGCGUCCCCGCUCGGGAUGAAGGUGUUUCGCAGGAAGGCGCUGGUGCUGUGCGCGGGCUAUGCACUGCUGCUGGUGCUCACGAUGCUCAACCUCCUGGACUACAAGUGGCAUAAAGAGCCGCUGCAGCAGUGCAACCCCGACGGGCCUCUGGGUGCCGCGGUGGGGGCGGCCGGGGCCGGUUGGGGACGGCCGGGGUCGCCUCCUGCAGCGCCACCCCGCGCUCACUCUCGCAUGGACCCCCGCACCCCGUACCGCCCUCCUGCCGCCGGCGUGGGGGCAGUUCCCGCAGCUGCGGCUGGGAGUGUAGGAGCUGCGGCCUCUCUGGGCAAUGCUACUCGAGGCACCAGGGGUGGAGGGGACAAGCGGCAGUUGGUGUAUGUGUUCACCACGUGGCGCUCGGGCUCGUCCUUCUUCGGCGAGCUCUUCAACCAGAACCCUGAGGUGUUCUUCCUCUACGAACCUGUGUGGCACGUGUGGCAAAAACUGUACCCCGGGGACGCGGUUUCCCUGCAGGGGGCAGCGCGGGACAUGCUGAGCGCUCUCUACCGCUGCGAUCUUUCGGUUUUCCAGCUGUAUAGCCCCGCAGGCAGUGGGGGGCGCAACCUCACUACUCUGGGCAUUUUUGGGGCAGCCACUAACAAGGUGGUUUGCUCCUCGCCACUCUGUCCUGCCUACCGCAAAGAGGUCGUCGGACUGGUGGACGACCGCGUGUGCAAGAAGUGCCCACCCCAACGCCUGGCACGCUUCGAGGAGGAGUGCCGCAAGUACCGCACGCUGGUCAUCAAGGGUGUGCGGGUCUUCGAUGUGGCUGUGUUGGCGCCGCUGCUUAAAGAUCCAGCCUUGGACCUCAAGGUCAUCCACCUAGUGCGUGAUCCUCGUGCUGUUGCCAGCUCCCGCAUCCGCUCGCGUCAUGGUCUCAUCCGGGAAAGCCUACAGGUGGUGCGAAGCCGGGAUCCAAGAGCCCACCGCAUGCCCUUCCUGGAGGCCGCUGGCCACAAGCUGGGUGCCAAGAAGGAGGGUAUGGGUGGCCCAGCAGACUACCAUGCUCUGGGUGCAAUGGAGGUCAUCUGCAACAGUAUGGCCAAAACACUACAGACAGCCCUGCAGCCUCCUGACUGGCUGCAGGGACAUUACUUAGUGGUGAGGUACGAGGAUCUGGUGGGAGACCCCGUUAAGACCCUACGGAGGGUGUACGACUUUGUGGGGCUGCUCGUGAGUCCCGAAAUGGAGCAGUUUGCCCUGAACAUGACCAGUGGUUCGGGCUCCUCUUCCAAGCCUUUCGUGGUGUCAGCUCGCAAUGCCACUCAGGCCGCCAAUGCCUGGCGGACGGCGCUCACCUUCCAGCAGAUCAAACAGGUGGAAGAAUUUUGCUACCAGCCCAUGGCAGUGCUGGGCUAUGAGCGGGUUAACAGUCCUGAGGAGGUCAAAGACCUCAGCAAGACAUUGCUCAGGAAGCCCCGACUUUGAGAAGGGUUCCCAAGAGAUCUGACACCCUUUGGAGACACCCACAAAAAGGAUGGUGUUGUGUUUAAACAAACACAGCCCAGACCCAAGCUGAGGAAGCCCACAUAUUCUAUUAUAGAUAUAUAAUAUAAAUAACCACACAGGCACUUGCUGUCAACGUUUUGAGUCAGUGAAUUUCAAGGAACAGCCUCAGCUCACGCGCAUGCGUGCAUACACACCUCAGAAAAGGCAAGACUUGAAAGUUCUGACAAAUUGCUCUGUGUACCCUGUCUCUUCCCCUCUCUCUCCUUCCCAUCCUCUUUCCCUCCUCCCUUCCAUAUUGAAGUGGAAUGUUGAUAAAUCGAGUUCCAGUAACCCAAAUCUUGUUUACAAAAUUUUCGUGGUAUCUGUGAAUGUGUAAGAGUAAUUUGGGUGUGGGGUGGGGUGGGUGGAGAAGGGAGAAGUGGGCCCCAGAGCAGAAAGCCCCCACUGGGCUGGUAAGCCAAGGAGGCAGUCUUCAACAGUAGACUUUUGUGUCAGCAAAGGCUAUAUAUGAGUAUUAAUAAAGAAGAUAAUAAAUAAUAUUCUUUUUUUUUAAAUAUUUGCCUCCAUUACUCUGGAUUUACCAGUAUUACUUGGUCUUUGUAGCUUCAGGUGGACUCUGCUCCCCACCUCUUCCUGCAUUUUCAGCCAUCUACUUGCUAAGCUGGGAGAAGCCUCUGCCUUCAUAAUAACUGGGAGUUGUUUUCUCACAUGUAGAUCAUUGUCUGCCAGGUGCCCAGGAAUGUAACAAAUCUACAGGCAAAACCAAACAGGGCAGAGAAGAAAGAGCACACGCUACUCUCCUGUUCAGCUUAGAGUACAGAAAGGAAGAGACAAGCCCUGGAGAGUUGAAGGCAUUCGGUUUUGAUUACUACUGUAUUGAGUUGAGACAGGGUACCUCGAAGCAGAUACUGGUGUUUUUGUUCUGAUGUUGGUUCAGGAAAAAAGAAAAAAAAAAAAAAAAGAAAAGGAAAAAAAAAAGAAAAAUUUGAAAGCAUAUCUAUUUUUUUUUUUUUUUAAGUUUUGAUGACUAGAACACAGUUUUCAAAAAUGAAGCCAACAUUUUUGGUGGUGGUAGCAGCAACUUCUGUUUGUUCAUGGGAUAAGAGAUGUCUGUCUGGAGUGUGUUUGUCUAUGACACAGUAAUCAGAGGCAUAUGAAAGCAAACAAGUUUUAACUGAGGACUGGAGGGGCACUCGUAGGUUUUCUUUCUCCUCUGGUCCAUCCAAAU